CACACACACACACACACGCACACACACAAGCGCCACAUGCGUUGAGCUGCUGCGGUGAGCUAGCCUGAAGCUGUCCGUCUUCAUCAGCUGACAGACAGCUCUCUAAAGUGAACCAUGUGCUACAGAGCUGACCCCCAACAUACUCGACGCACUGUCAAUAGAUCUCCUGCCUCUAUGUCUAUGAAUCUCUGAAACACCCAUUAGCUACACCCUCCAUACAGUACAGCUGUCUCUAUGAGACUGUAUGGAGGCUUGAUUGUAUUAUGUCCUCUGGGCUGUGUGGAACUGUCAGACCAGACGCGUCGGUUUUCAGUUGUAAUCCGUUGCGAUGCGAUGUCAGCGAUAUGUCAAAAUAUCAUGUGAUUUCAGUCAGAAUCAUACACCCCUUGGAGCGGUUUUCAUUAAUAUGAAGAAUUUAGUUUGCAUAAAAAUUAAAGAAUAAUAAAUAAUAGGAAUGAAUAGAUUUAUAUAUCUGAAAAUCCCUGCUAAAAGUAAAAUCUUUUUUUUUGUCAUCCAUCUAUCGAAUGAGAUUUGAGUUGUAGCGGUGUCGGCAGCUCAACACUGCCACUCAGCGACAGGAUUAUUAUGUUACAUUUAUUUAUUAAAUUCAAUCACGAGGACAUAACUGCAUUUUGUCCGGAGAGAAGGGUUGAACGAGUACAACAAUAUUGUCUGGUUUUUCAAAAUCUGAUAUUGAUAAUCAAUAAGUGAUGAGAUGUGAGCCUGCCAUGUUGGAGGCGGAACCGGAUGGGGCGCAUCGAGAAGGAACCUCCCCAUAAUAAACAUGGACGGCCGCCCUGUGAAACCAUAGAAAAUAGUAUGGAUGCGGUGUUAUGAAAGCGUCUCCUUUUCCCGUUGAAUAACUGACGCUUUUCCGUCUCUUUCACGCAGUCACAUGUACAGAGGGGUUAGGAGUUCCGCCUCCUCUGUACUUAUUAAUUCACGCAAAAGUCAUAUUUCCAUUCACAAAAGUCAACAUGGCAAAAAGAAAAGAAUCCGCGGGAUCUGCAGAGAGAACCAUUAAGAAACACAAGCCGGUGUCUAAAGAAAAGACCCCCAGUCGCAAAACUAAAGCAAAGAAAAACACAGGUAACGGGCUUGUGGAGGAAGAGGAGAAGCUUGUGAGGAAGGUGAGCGCGAAAACCCGUGGCUCCUCUACUCGCACUGCCGUCUCCACCACCUCCACCACCAGCAAAUACUUCCCGUCUCCGCCCAAGAAAAAAGCCCUUAGCAACAACCAUGACAACGAAGAUGGGGAUCUCCACAUGGUAACCAUGGCAACGCCCAUCCUUCCCAUGGAUGUUACGGGACCCUCACGGCCAAAAAAAGAGGACAGCGAGGAAGAGGAUGAGAGUGAGGAAGACGACUGGGAAGAUGUUGAAGAGCUGUCUGGGCCCCUGGGCCCCGCGCCCCCUGCUGAGCCCUCUCUGCCCACUCAGGCCGUGGAGAUCGAGAUCGAGACUCCGGAGUUGAUUCGCAUGAGGCAGAAAAAAGAGAAGAGGAAAGCAGAAUUUGAGCAGUAUCUUAAGCGGAUGGUUAAUCGCUUAAACAAGGAUCUGCUGGAGGAUACACACAAGGUCCACCUGAUGUGCCUGAUAGCCAAUGGGAUGUUCCGGAACCGUCUGUGCAGCGAACCGGAUCUGCUGGCCAUCACGUUGUCCCUCCUACCCCCCCACUUCAUGAUGGUGGCCAAGGAACGCAUUGACCACAACUACCUCUCGGGACUGCUGAAAUGGUUUGGGGCCACCUUCACCUUGAACCCCAGCCUCCCCCACGUAGACCUCACCGACCCCCGGGGGCUCCUGGAGAGGCGCCUGGCCAGCCUGUCGGCCCGGGACCACCAGGAGAUGACCCAUCUGCUCCUUUUGGUGCUGAGGUCUCUGAAUCUCUUCUGCCGAUUGGUCCUUUCUCUGCAGCCCAUUUCCUUCAAACCCCCUCGAGUCAAGGGCAAAGGGUCAGAGAGCAGUGGUGGCCGUACCCCAGGGAAAAGCCCCGGCAGUGGGAAGUCCCCCAAGGGAAGCCCCCCGGACUCCAAGAUCUCCCCCGGAAACAAGAGGCCCGCCCUGGUCUCCGCUGCCACUGCUGGGAAGGGCAGGGGAGCCAGCGGCGGGAAGCGGGCCAAGCAGGAAGAGGAAGACGGGGAGGAGGAGGAGGAGGUGGAGGAAGAGAAGCCAGAGGUGAAGAGCGGGAGAAAGGGGGGAGGCCAGAGGCCGAAGAACGCCAAGCGGCGCAGCGUGGCUUCCAAGGUGAGCUACAAGGAGGAGAGCGGCAGUGGGGAGGACGUGCUCAGCGACGGGGAGGAGGAGGAGGAGGAGGAGGAGUUUCAGGCGACCGGCGAGGAGGAUAGCGAGGAGGAGGAGGUGGAAGGGGGCAGGGCCAAACACGGGAAGGGGAGGAGCCACGGGAAAAGGAAACACAGCAGCGGCGACUCCGGGAGAAAGAGGAACAGCAGCAGCAGCGGCGGCGGCGGGAAAAGACGCGAGAAAAUCAACAACAACGAUGAAGACGACGAGGAAGACGACGACGACGGCAAUGUGGACAAAGUUGGAGGAGGAGAGGGUACCAAGGGUAAGCGGAGGAGCGGCGGCGGCGGCGGGAGGAAGAAGAGGGACGGGCCCGGCGCCGACGAGUGGCUGGAGGUGUUCGUGGAGAAGACGUCGGCGUGGCUGUGCGUGGACGCGGAGCACGGCGUGGACCGCCCGCAGCUCUGCUGGCGGAACGCCACGCAGCCCAUGGCCUACGUGGUGGCGGUGGACGGCGACGGCCGCCUGAAGGACCUGGGCAGGAAGUACGACCCCACCUGGAUGACCUCGUCAAGAAAGCGCCGGGUGGACGAUGAGUGGUGGGGCGAGACGCUGACGCCCUUCCUCCCGUGGGAGGGGGAGCGGGACGACAAGGAGGAGAAGGAGCUCCAAGCGAAGUUGCUGGACAGGCCGAUGCCCACCUCCAUAGCGGAGCUGAAGAACCACCCUAUGUACGCUCUGACCAGACACCUGCUCAAGUACGAGGCUCUCUACCCCCCCACGGCGGCCGUGCUGGGGUACUGCAGGGGGGAGCCCGUAUACUCCAGGGACUGUGUUCACCAGCUGCACUCAAGAGAAACCUGGCUGAAGGAGGCCCGCACUGUGCGGAUAGGAGAGGAGCCAUUCAAGAUGGUGAAGGGCUUCUCCAACCGCUCCCGUAAGGCGCGUAUGAUGGUGGAGCAGAAGGAAGAGAAGGACCUGGCUCUGUAUGGGGAGUGGCAGACGGAGGAGUACCAGCCCCCCAUCGCUGUGGAGGGCAAGGUUCCCCGUAACGAGUACGGGAACGUGUACCUGUUUAAGCCCUGCAUGCUGCCCGUGGGCUGCGUCCACCUGCGUCUGCCCACCCUGAACCGCGUGGCCCGCAAGCUGGACAUGGACGCCGCGCCCGCCGUCACGGGCUUCGACUUCCAUGGAGGAUACUCGCAUGCUGUGACCGACGGCUACAUUGUGUGUGAGGAGCACGAAGAGAUUCUCAGAGCAGCCUGGGAGGAAGAUCAAGCGCUCCAGAAACAGAAGGAGAUUGAGAAGCGAGAGAAGCGGGCCACCACCAACUGGAAGCUACUGGUGAAGGGCCUGCUGAUCAGGGAGAGGCUCCAGCUACGAUACGGCAAGAAGGGCCAAGGCCUCGGAGGAGCCGGGGGCUCGAGUCAGGGUCAUGGCCAGGACGGAGAGGGGGUGGACGGGCUAUCGGCUGACGAGGAGGAGUUGGAGGGUGGGGUCCCGGUCGAGGACCCUGGAGACAAGACACCAGCCGAAAUGCUGGCCAAGGCCUGGCCCCAGAACAGACAGGAUGAGGGAGAGGAGGAGGGAGGGGGGAAGAGCAGGCCGAAGAGGAAGAUAACACAGCGUGAGCGGAAAUGCCAGGAGAAAACCAUGUUUCCCUUUGAGAAGGCGUGAUAAAAAAAUAACUGAAUAUUGGCUGUACCAAAAGAAAUGACCUCACGCUACAAAGCUAAGCUGUGCAGCCCCUGCUCUCUCUUCAGAAGGUUGUUCAGGCAGGCCUCGGGAAAGAGGGGAGUGAAAACAAAUAAAUACAAGUGCUUGUUUAACCGUUCCACUCAGAUCAAGUGUUAGAUUGGAGUGUGGCGGCUAUAGCAUUAAUUGUCUGAGAUGGGGAGUUGAUGAUACGCUCCAGUCGAUGGAAGACCUAAUGAGACUUUGGUGCCAGUCCAAAGACCCGCCGUGAGAGAGCAGUAUCAUCCAGAGAAACAGUAUCCUGACUUGGACCGAAGAACAUGCCUGGCAACUGUUUUUUUUGCCACACAGGAAGUCAGGAUUUCUAUUGUCUAUUUAUUUGUAUUUGUUACCUAGGGGGGUGGUUCUGCUUGUACAUUACCCACUACACGGCCAUACUGUCAUGCAUACACUAUAUAUAUAUAUAUAUAUUU